CUUUUCUCCACAAAAACUAGCUUGUGUGAAUGUUCUUGAGGCAGGGACACAGUAGAGGCAGUCCCAAAAAUGGUUAAACUCAGUGUCUCAGGAUUAGUUUGGCACAAGACCUUCGCAUUCCACAAACCACGUUUCCUAUUAGCGUCGUGCUUCUUCUCAACGCGCGUUGGCACACACAACGGAACCUUCCACUGCGAUGAAGCACUCGCGUGCUUCAUGCUUCGCCUCUCCAAACGCUUCUCCGGCGCUCAAAUUGUUCGAACCAGAGACCCCAACCUUCUGGAAACACUCGACGCAGUCGUCGACGUCGGAGGCGUUUAUGAACCGCGACGACACCGUUUCGAUCAUCACCAAAACGGCUUCGACCAAGUAUUCGGCCAAGGUUUCCACACUAAACUCAGUAGCGCUGGCCUUGUCUACAAGCAUAUUGGUUUGGAGAUAAUUGCAAAUGUGCUGAAGCUUCACGAGGACCAUCCUCAUCUGCACCGCUUAUAUCCUGCUAUAUACAGAAACUUUGUGGAGGCAAUUGAUGCUGUGGAUAACGGAGUGAGUGAAUAUGACCUAAACGAAUCUCCGAAAUACGUGGUUAAUACGUGUCUCUCCUCUAGAAUUAAACGCUUGAAUUUGAACUGGAUGGAUUCUGAUCAGUCUUCUGAUCGAGAAAAUGAGUUGUUUCUUCAAGCAAUGGCACUGGCUGGUGCUGAAUUUUUGGACAAUGUCAAUUAUUAUGCAAAAUCAUGGUUACCGGCGCGGUCGAUUGUGAUGGAGAGUCUUGUGGCCAGGGAAAGUGUUGAUUCGAGUGGAGAAAUCAUUAAGCUUAGCCGACCUUGUCCUUGGAAACUUCACAUACAUGAGCUUGAGGAGGAAAUGAAAAUCAGUCCUUCUAUCAAAUAUGUUGUUUACCCGGAUGAUAGAGGUGAGAAGUGGCGACUGCAGGCAGUGGCAAUUUCACCUGCCAGAUUUGAGAGCAGAAAACCGUUACCGUGUUUAUGGAGGGGUUUCGAAAAUGACAAGCUGUCUGAGGUUGCUGGUAUCCCAGGUUGUACUUUUGUACACAUGAGUGGUUUUAUUGGAGGAAAUCAAAGUUACGAUGGAGCUGUAGCCAUGGCGAGAGCUUCUUUAAAGGCUUAGGCAACGAUCCUCUUUAAACCACGAGUAAAGACCACCUUCAAGAUGGAAGACAUUGGUAUAUCCAUUAAGGACCAGCAAGUAAGCUGCUAUGAGAGACCUGUGAAAGUAUCAAGACGUGACAAUCAGAGCAA